GAAAGUCUUUUGUUCAUCAAUUCGAGGGAGGACCUGUCCGCGACGAUGCACACCGACCCAACCAUGCUCUCAGUCGAGAGGCGGCUCAGCCAAGGCAACCAACGGCAGCGAUUUGACCGGCAGUUCCUCGAGGCCCGCAAGAAGAUGGAGCAGAAGGUGCUGCUGCAUCUUGAAAGGUCAAGGAGAUGCCGCCGGGUAGGUGGGGGGUGGGUGGGUGCGCCAGCCACACACAGACAAACAUUCAACUCUUGUAGUGACCAUGUUCACCGCGACCUGCCCGCCAGCAGCCAAGCUCAUCGACGCCACUCGCUCGGCGGACCCGGACAUCAAGGUCAAGCUACCGCCGGAGGCAGGCGAAGAAGAUGACAGUGCCGCCUUGUAGGAUCUUCAGCAGUACGACAAGGAGCACACAUGGAAGAGACACCUGUUGGAGGUAUGUGUCUGAACAUGAGCCCUGCUCAAUUUCAGCAUCAACGCCCACGACCUAUGUCGCCACAUUUCCUGCACGUGAGGUGAAGAGCUAGGCUCAUUGUGUCUGCUCCCUUUCUGUAUGUCUGGCUGCCUGUUUCUGUCAGCGCAUGUUGGGCCUCCUUGCGCCGGCUGAGGGUGAGCUGUUCCGCAGGUCGGCAAGGCGAGUCACAUUUGAGUUCUCACUCUUCCAACGUCAGCUGUGUCCCAUCUGUGCCGAUUCCCACCCGUGUCUCCUCGCCCCAGAUGCAGGCAUCUCUCACAUGCCAUUGCCAGCCAUACGUGGAUGUUGACAACAUGAGGACCCCGCGUGCUUCAGAUACGUGAGGAAGCGGAUCUGGAGCAGCUGGAGCUCAUUGUGGAUGUCGAGUUGGCAUGCCCGUUUCCCUGGCUGCCUACAAAGACCCUCAAGGUACGACACGGCACAAAACCUACACACACCCAUCGCUUGAUAUUCCCUCUGUGUUCUCAGGAUGUGUGGCGAGCGUACGACCAUGUCAACCCCAACAACGCAGCGUUGUCGGCCACUCUGGCUGACGCCAAGGACCGACUCCAGGCCAAGGAGGUCACCAUUCACAUACACACACACACACACAGAAGAGGAGUAUUCCAUAUGACAUUGACACCUCUGUUCCCUUCUAUGCAUCAGACGGUGAGCACUGCGGUGGUCAAGAGCCUCGUGGAGAGCCUGGAGGUAAGUAUGUAUGUCCCCCCACACACCACAAGACCACCCUCCGCCCAUGCAUGUGGAUGUGUGUGUGUGUAACCCAUUUGCUCCCCUCGUCGACACAACGAAGUAUGAGAACCGCGCUCGUCGUGCGGCCGAGUGAGCACGGAAGGCACUCACUUACUGAAGGGCCACACCGCAACACACGCAUGGUGCAUGGACGUGUUUGUGCGUCAGACGUGAGUCGGAGAUGUUGAAAGAGCAGCUGGAGAGGGAGACCAAGACCUGGAAGGAGACCAACCAGGUGUGCACAUGCAUACAUUGUAUAGAUAUAUCCCCUGAUAACUCAUCAUCCGUGCUUGAUCCGUGCUGACGUCCGUGUGCGCUUGGGCCUUGCUCCGUCAGACUAUGGCAUCCAAGGUCGCUCAAGUGGAGAGCGCGCUGCAGGACUGCCGUCAACUCGAAGAGGUGCGUGUGUGGUCUUCCAGUAUCUAUCGAACUUGACCUCUUUCUGUCAUGCAUGUCAUUUUUGCAGGCUUACCAGACCGACGAGGAGAUAACGCCUCAGAAGCCAAGUCGAGGAGGUAACUACCGAAGUGAGAAAGACAGACAGACAGACAGGCAGAGGCAGAAAGAAUACACAUGAUGAUCGCCUGACACACACAGACAACAUCCAUCUUACAUACCAUACACAGCAUCUUCUGCCGGUCUGUGUUGCUUUGUCUUUGGACGCACAGACCAAGAAGGAGUCGCACCACCGCGCCACUCAGAGCUGAUAGUACACGCAGACACAGCACAUUCAUUUGUGUCUGUGUAUGCAGGGGCUGCAGCGUCUGAAGGACACCGAGAUACACCAACUGUGUAGAGAGCACCAGGAGGUAGGACGGCAAACAAGCAACACACACCAGAGAGAAAGGGAGAGACGGACGCUGACCGACCGAUGGAUGUGUGUGUGUGUGUGUGUGUUGGCUGAACGAACAGGUUGUCGAUGCUAAGAACCGCGAGCUGGGGGCUGCUGGCACCAAGGUCAUGCAGAAACAGCCGGUAGGCAGGCCAGCCCAGCUCUCACCCACACAGAUAGAUUAUCUGCACACACAUCCGUGCGUGACACACACGCACCCAAUCGUGGGCGUAUGUGUGUCGUCUCUACCCAGGAGCUCGACGCCGCCAUGAAGGAGCUCGACAGCCACACAGACGACAGACAGACAGACAGCAGAGAGACAUGCAAACACUCGAUGCCACCUUCCCGUCUCUGUGUGUGCGUCGUGUCUCCAUCCCUCCCUGCAGAAGAACCAGCUUCAAGUGCGGCGACUCAAGGGCGAGCUGCAGGAGGUGAGCACCCAUGGGUGUACAGGGCGAAUUUCUCUGUCUUUGCUGUCGCUGUAUGUCAGGCUGAUGCGACAGUGCGGCGUCUCGAGAAUCGGUGUCAGCUACUUGAACUGGUCAAGGUGCGAAUUGCGCGUCCUUAUGCAAUCAGGGAGACAUAUAUAGUACGUCCUGCCUGCCUGAUUGCAUAAGGUACGUGCAGGACGGGCGCUAUGCCAUUUUGCCGCCGUUGGACUUGAACGUCCUCCAGAAGCAGUUCAAGGGCGACAGUAACGACACCAAGAAGAUUCUAGUUGUGUGGCACCAACCGACACCAGCCCCAGCUACCUGUCAAUCGCCAACCACGUGUCCAACAUCGCCACCACUGCCCUUAUCGUUGCCUUCAGAUGGCUGGGCAAAUGGUGUCGAGACUGCUGCGUCUGCCCUACACGGAGCAAGCCAGGCGAGCCGCGCAAGUGGUGGCAGCGAGUAUUCUGCCCUCAAUGUCCCAAGUGCUGCGACUGGUGUGCACUUCAUCAACCCCUCGUAUUCGCGAUUCCGUCGAUGCAUUGCAAGACGGAUGGUAUGUAGGGGGGGAAGGGAAGGAACAGGCAGACCAAAACAUAGCAUGUGGCACACCCUCCUUCUCCCUCCCUCCCUCCCUCCCUCUGUCCCUGGCAGGACAUGAAGGAUUGCGGCCACCGAUUCUGUGUAGGGUGCAAGGCGAGUCUAGGCAUCGCAGCGGACGUACGCAGACAGACAGACAGAUAGACAAGACAGCCAGCGAAACAAGGCGAGGUUAUGGGAUCUCUCUUUCUUGUCCAUCCAUUCGCCCGUCUUUUUGUGUUCCUUAGGCUUCGAUCGAUGAGGUCCCCUGUACCAUCUGCCAAGCAUCCGAGGAAUUCGACUGGAGGGCAGCAACCGACUUGGCUUUGGCCGACAUCCACAACUCGUACGGACGAGACGGCACGCACAGGACAACACACCACACCACACCACACCACACCACACAAGCCUUGCCUGCGUGCACACUGCGUCUCUGUCCCUCUGUCCCUCUGUUUGUGUGUGUGUGUGUGUGUGUGUGGCGCCUGUUUGCAGUUCUGAGAUGGAGGGCAUGUCACAGGAGGAGCGCAACGGCUUCAUCGAGGAGAUGAUAAAGCAGUAGAGGUGAGGGACUGAGUGCCUGACCUUCACCACACACACACACACACACUCACCCACGGACGCACCCACACACAUGUGGAUGACCAAUGCGUGUGGGGUUUCUUCCCUGUCCAUCAUUCAGGCGGGCGUACGAGUCGCUGUCUCGUGGGGCCUCCCAGGCGUCGGCGUCGAGCCCAUCGGACACGGGCAAUGGCGACUGGCCUGCCCUGCCCACUUCAGGCGGGGCGCAGGGAGGGGCGAGUGAGGCACACACCCACUGCUGCGGGUGGAGCAUGCAUGACACACGCCCUCUUCGCACGAUUUGCUGCCUCUCUCUGUGUAUGUGUCUGGUCAGGAAAUUGUUUCUGCAGGGCGAUCGGCGAGCCACACACAGACAAACAUCCACCACUUGUAGUGACCUGUCGUGAUUGAUGUGCAGGAGGGAUUGGGAAGGAGAUCCACAGGCGUCUGAGGUCGCUACUAAAAGACGUCGAUGAGCUGCCGUUCGCCGUGCCCCAGCCGUCCGUGUAUGCCGACAUCAGACGCCGGAUCGGCAUCAUCAUCAUGUGGUACGUGAGACACGGAUAAUGCAGCCCCGCUGAUCCAUGCUGAGCGAGUGGAUCAAGGUCUGUCUGUCUGUCCAUGUGGCCUCCUUCCACCAGCCUGGACGAGCACGGCAAACCCCAAGGACAGCGGCAGCCCGUCCUCGACUCAUACCACAGGGAUGACCUCGCAACGGCACUCGAGCAGGCGGUACGCACGUAUCCAUCCAUCAAUCCAUCCAUCCAUGGGAUGCGCCGAAAAAAACUGACACCACUCUUUCAACAUGUGUGUCAGGGUUUCAUUGUGAGCAAGGAGCCCGAGCAGCCCGCAGCAGCCUGACAGCCAAGACGAGACACAGGACACCAACAACGCUCCAGGGCAGGUCAGCCAAGCUGAGCUGAGCGGGGACAAUGGAUGGAUGGAUGGUUGAAUGAAUGGAUGGAUGUGUGUGUCUCUGUGGUGUCCAAUUGGUGGUGUCAGGGCGUCACACAGGAGGACACACACGAGGAGGACAGCAGCACCACCCCCAGCAGCAGUCACGACCGCAGGAAGAGGCGCAACGCCGUCACGCCCAAGCACUACCCCGAGACGCCAGACAACAAACGCCGCAGCACCGAUGCAGAGGGAGACAUCGACUCAGAAACAGAUGGCGACGACUCUGAUAUGGUCAUGGCUUGGGAGGCAGAGGGAGAGGAGGCGGAGCCAUCUGUCAAGAGGCGCAAGUACAUCCCUGUGGUGUAGUGUUGAAGGCCAUGGUCCCGGCCAUUCGUCAGUUGACAGUCAAUGAGGAGGAGAUGGCUGGGGGGAA